ACUUGCGCUGGGCCACUGCGCCGCCGUGACUUCCUGCAGGUCCGGUGUGUCGAGGCUACUUUUCUUCCUGCAGCUUUUGCAUUCGCUAAGCUGGAGUCGCCGAGCCUGCGGGGCCGAGACCCGAGCUUCCGGAGCAGCAGCGAACAGACUCGGCUGUGCGGGCCGGGGAGGCCUAGCGGGAGCUCGGCGGGGAGGCCAACUCGGGCAGCGGGGCCGCCUACACGCAGGUCAGUCAUCAGCCCUGUCUACGGUUUCCCAAGAGGAGCAGAAAAUGAGCAGAUCUAAGGGCCCACUAUCAUUCAAGGAUGUGGCGGUGGCCUUCUCCCAGGAGGAGUGGCAGCAGCUGGACCCCGAGGAGAGGACGACAUACAGGGAUGUGAUGCUGGAGACCUACAGCAACCUCGUGUCUGUGGGGUAUGACGUCAUCAAGCCAAACGUGAUUGUCAAGUUGGAGCAGGGAGAAGACCCCUGGACAGUGGAAGGGGACCGCCAUGCUCAGAGGCAUUUGGAAAUCAGUAAAGUGUAUGAACCCAGAGAAGGAAUCCAGGAACACGGUGGAAAACACCCGCAGUGCGGUGAUGAUCUCCAUCGCUGGAGAGCAGAGCGGGGGCCUGCAGCUGGUGAAGCCCUCACCCUAGAGCCAGCCCUCAUGUCCCCCAGCUCAGGGGCUCACAGCUGUGUCUCCUGCGGGGAGCCUCUGGAGUCUGUGUCAGAACUGAUUCGCAGUGACGGGAGCUACGCAGUGGAGAGGCCCAGCAUGUGUUUUGAGUGUGGGAAAGCCUUCGGACACGACCCUGAUGACUUUAACCAAGGUGACGACCCUGAUGACUUUAACCAAGGUGACGGUGACGCCUCUCGACACGACGAAGCUAUUUUGCAGAAAAUCACCAUUUUGGAGAAACCCUUUGACUAUGAGUGCGUGGAAGCCUUAGACGGUGAAACUGUUUUCAUGGCUCGUGAGAGAGCUUAUGUCGGGGAGAAGCCCUGUGAAUGGGAUGAUUCUGGACCCGACUUCAUCCAGAUGUCAGACUUCAGGACAUAUCCGAGAUCACAAAUGGAAAUAAAGCCCUUCGAAUGUACGCAGUGCGGGAAGUCCUUCUGUAAGAAGUCCAAAUUCAUCAUCCAUCAGAGAGCUCACACCGGAGAGAAACCGUAUGCUUGUAGUGUGUGUGGGAAGUCCUUUAGUCAAAAGGGCACCCUCACCGUCCACCGGAGAUCACACUUAGAGGAGAAGCCCUACAAGUGUACCGAGUGCGGGAAGACCUUCUGUCAGAAGUUACACCUCACACAGCACCAGAGAACCCACUCAGGCGAGAAACCCUAUGAGUGUAGCGAGUGCGGGAAGACCUUCUGCCAGAAGACACACCUCACGCUACACCAGAGGAAUCAUUCAGGGGAGAGGCCCUAUCCAUGUAAUGAAUGCGGGAAAUCCUUCUCCCGGAAGUCUGCCCUCAACGACCAUCAGAGGACGCACACAGGAGAGAAGCUUUAUAAGUGUAAUGAGUGUGGUAAAUCCUACUACCGGAAGUCCACCCUCAUCACACACCAGAGAACACACACAGGAGAGAAGCCCUAUCAGUGUAGUGAGUGUGGGAAAUUCUUCUCUCGGGUGUCGUACCUCACCAUACACUAUCGGAGCCAUUUAGAAGAGAAACCGUAUGAGUGUACAGAGUGUGGGAAAACCUUCAAUCUAAACUCCGCUUUCAUUAGGCACCGGAAGGUCCACGCAGAAGAGCGAGUCCAGGAGUGCGGUGAGUGUGGGAAGCCGACCCAGCUGCAGUGCCUCCCUGAUCACACAGCUGACCCAGGAGAGAAGCGCGACGAAUGUAGCGACUGUGGGAAGACCUUCCUUGAAAACUCAGCCUUCAGUAGGCACCAGUCCACUCCCGAAGGGGAGAAAACUUACGAGUGUAACAUAUGCGGGAAGUCCUUCUCUGAUUUGUCGUGCUACACUGUGCAUUACAGAGGCCAUUCCGAAGAGAAACCUUUCGGGUGCAGCGAGUGUGGGAAAACCUUCUCUCAUAACUCGUCCCUCUUUAGACAUCAAAGGGUACACACGGGCGAGAAGCCAUACGAGUGUUUCGAGUGUGGAAAGUUCUUCUCUCAGAAGUCGUACCUCACUAUCCAUCACCGGAUCCAUUCAGGAGAGAAGCCCUACGAAUGUAGCAAGUGUGGGAAAGUAUUCUCCCGGAUGUCAAAUCUCACCGUACACUAUCGAAGCCAUUCAGGAGAGAAGCCGUAUGAAUGCAACGAGUGUGGGAAAGUCUUUUCCCAGAAGUCGUACCUCACGGUCCAUUACCGGACUCAUUCAGGAGAGAAACCUUACGAAUGUAACGAAUGUGGGAAAAAAUUCCACCACAGAUCAGCUUUCAAUAGCCAUCAGAGAAUUCAUAAAAGGGGGACUAUAAAUGUACUCAGUGUGGAAAAUCUCUGACCUCUCAGUGUUUAAGAGAAACAUUUGAUUAUAGUGAACACUGGGAGUCCAAUAGGUGCUCAAGGGUGUAUUUUUUUAUUCCCAACUUUCAAUAUAUGUGGUACUGGGAAUUGAGUAUGGGCCCUGUGCGUGCUGUAGACAUUCUGCACUGCGCUGUACUGCAGCGAUUCAAAGGUUGAGCAUCCCCGCUCUCCAGAGUAAAGUCCUAAAAUGAGACCCACUUUGACCUGAGUCUUCAGAGAGGAAUCUAUAAAGAUUCAGCAAGAAGCAAAUCGUGACCAUGUAAUUGUUGUGACACUAGGUAAUUUUUACAGGAGUAAACCUUCGAAAGUAUUUAAUAUUUAUUUUUUAUUUAAAUCAUAUUUACAUAUCAGGGAGUUUUGCUGAGAACUAUCAGCUGAUGAGUGUAACUCACCUUAGAUACGCACACUAAAAGCCAUAUUUCUGAUGUUACAGCAGGUGUUUAUAGAAAAGGUGCAAGAAGCUAUGAGUUCUGAAUAAACUUAUAAAAUGAAAUUGUAAAGCCAGCAGCUGACCAUGAGGGUGACAAAAAACACGGCACCUCUGCUGGUCUAGAAAUGCAACUGAAUAAUGACUCUAUGCAAUGUUUUGCAAUCUCGGCUUUGAAUGAUUUGUGAACACGUGACAUCAAGGAUUAAAAUGACUGUUACAGUGGGUAGAUGGGUGGAAUAUGCUCUAUGGUAGGGAAGCACAGAGUCUUCUAUGUCGGUGCUUACCCGUAGAGUGGAUUUUGUAAAAAUCUUUCAACUGGAAUUGAGCAAAAAAAUUUUUAAAUACUAUUUUGAUAAACUGUGCUGUCUUAGUCAGUGUUCUGUUGCUGUGGAGAGACACUAUGGCCGUGGAAACUCUUGGAAAGGUAAAACAUUUAGUUGGGACUGCUCUGAACUCCGACGUGUAGCCCGUUGUAACGGCAGGGAGCAUCAUGGUGGCACGCACGCAGACAUGCUGGAGAGGCAGCUAAGAGUUCCACGGCUGGACCCAAUGGCAGCAGGGCAAGAGAGACUGGGCUUGGCUUGAGCAUUUGAAACCACAAAUUCUACCCCACUAGUGAUACACUUCCUCUUGCAAGACAACCCCUGUUCCAACAAGGACACACCUAGUGCCACUUCUUAAUGACCCAAGAUCCAAAUAUUUGAGCCUGUGUCAGCCAUUCCAAUUCAACCCACCACAUAUGCAUACCUAGCUUGGGUUGUUUGUGCCCAUUUCACUAGAAGAGUGUACGUACUCUCAGUAUGCUGCCGUGUCUGUUUCUUGCCUCCUAUUUCCAGGGCUUUAGAACAC